AUGGGUCUCCUGACGCAGUUCACUCUGCUCCUGUGGAAGAACUUCAUUCUCCGGAAGAGACAAAAGGUGCGGCUGCUGGUUGAACUGGUGUGGCCUCUGUUUCUCUUCCUCAUACUGGUGUGGGUGCGAUCCAUCAAUCACCCCAUUUACAAAGGCCAAUGUCACUACCCAAACAAAGCCAUGCCGUCGGCUGGCGUGCUGCCCUGGCUGCAAGGCAUGAUGUGCAACAUCGACAACCCCUGUCUGAGCUAUCCGACGCCAGGGGAGGCGCCGGGACAGGUCAACAACUUCGACAACUCCAUAAUCGCCGGGAUGCUGAUCGAGCUGCAAACCUCCCUGGUGGAUAAAUCCAUUCUCACCAAGGCGCGGUCGCUCUCAGACAACGCCGACCUUUGGGCUUCGAUGCUGUCGCAGCCCGACCCCGCCGACGCUCAAUCAGUCAUCUUAAGGAGUGUUUUGAGAGACAAUGAAACUUUCUCCGCACAUCUGGAGGAGGAUUUAUCAGCGUCGCCAGCUGUGGUCCAAAGCCUCCUGAAUGCCAACAUCCAGCUCAACGCGGUGAUGGACAACCGGCGGCCGGGCAACCUGAGGCGCAUCCUGUGCGAGGGGACAGAUCUGGAUGAGUAUGUCCAAUUUAGCAGCCAAGCCGAAACGGAGGCUUUUCAAAAUGUCAGCUGCUCCCUCAGUCCCGAGCAGCUGAUUAACACCCAGCGAGUGCUCCUGCAGAACCUGGACGGGAGGAAAGUGCUUUCUGAGUUACCUUCAACUCUGAGCUCAACGGACUCGGCGACCCUGAUGAGGAAAACCACCCAGGAUGCUUUGCAAGUGUUCAGAGAGGUGGCCAGGUUGCAGAACUCCAUGGUCUUCAAGGCUGCACGCUCGAUGGAUUUCCAAGCGGACAUGACUGGCAGCAUCAAUAUGCUCCUGUGUGGAAAGGAGGCCGACUUCAAUUCCACCACUAUGACCCUCAGUUUACCCUCACCUAGACAGAUGGCUAACAACAAGUCAAUUUCCAUUAUGGCCAACAGUUCCGACGCCUUUUGUCAGAACCUCAUCGACACCCUGGAGGGCACACCUGGCCUGCGCUACCUCUGGAGCGCCGUCAAGCCAUUACUGCUCGGGAAAGUCCUCUACGCACCUGAUACUCCCGCUGCUCGGCUGCUGGUCAAAGAAGCUAACAGCACGUUCGAAGCCUUGGCCAUGCUGAAGGAGCUCGCCGAUUCCUGGGACGUACUCGGGCCACGUGUCUGGGAUUUCCUCGAGAACAGCACUCAGGUCAACGCAGUGCGGGCUCUGCUGGCGAAUCCCGUGUUCGCUUACACCAUCGAUGAGGGUCUGAAGAGCAGCGAGUGGGAUGCCGAGACGCUUGCCAACUUCCUGUACAGCGGGCCUCCUGAGGACCGGCCGGCCGGCGCGCCGCCUAGCGACUGGAGGGACGUUUACAACAGCACCACCCAGAUCCUGCAGCUCCUCUCACAGUUCCUCGGC